AUGCCAGAACGCAUGUUGGAUAGGUGUCCUUUCAUAGUGAACUCCGAGCGUAUGGUGGACCCCGAGGACGUCACCGCUCUUUGGAUUACUAUAGAUUUCCCCGAAGCAAUGAAGCAUACUCAUAGUGAUGAACAGCUGAUGGAGUUUGUGGUUAAGCAGAUUCAAAGCCACAAUACCGGUAUCUUCACUUCCGCACAGCAUUAUAAGCGACACUUCUGUCUCUCGUUACCAAUUGUUAAAUUCCCUAAGGAAGAGAACUUCAUUGAUUUUAUGGCUCAGGCUGAGGCUCUGGCAAUCUGGUGGCUCAGAGAAAUCCGCGCGCAGAAGGUGCAUCUUGAUCGGGAAGUGCUUUUCCUUUAG